AUGGCUGUUUCAAUUCAUUGUCUUGCUGACGUCUGUCUCAUCCCAAUUGGUACAGGAACUGCUUCUGUCCUGGACGAAGUUGCCAUCAUUACCAAAAUGGCACGUGAACUGAACCUUGAUACCACUCUCCAUUCAGCUGGUACAACCAUUGCUGGGCCUUGGAUUGACGUGAUGGAUCUUAUUGGAAGGUUCCACGAGGCGUUGCAUGCUAAGGGUGUGGUGAGAAUUCAGCUGGAUAUCAGAGUGGGCACGAGAACUGAUAAGGCACAGCAGCCUCAGGAUAAGAUUGAUAUUGUGGAGAAGAAGCUUCGGGAGGCCUGA